AUACCGUUGUAGUAAUAAUAAUAAUAUAAUUUAAGCUCUAAUGCGUUUCAUUCGCUCUUCCUUUUUCUCUGUAUCUCUGUCAUCCAUCUCCUCAUUUUCAACAAAUCUCCAUGAAAGAACGUUUAUAGUAUCGACUGAAGCUUUGUCUACAAUCACAAAGCUCAUCUCUUGAAGACGCAAUUUUUAUUUUUAUUUUUUCCAACCUCCAAUAUUUGUACAUUUCUUCUUCUUCAAUAAGUGAGUAAGUAAUCAAUUUGGAUGGUUGGUUGUGAGGGAUUUAGAGCAAUGCUUCUGGGGAAGUCAGGAGGAGGGGAGGAACUAGGGGCUUUCUAUCCAAUCAGACCCGAAUGUCAAGAAGAUGCUCCGAGAACCCGUUUCAAGCCUAGGGCUGGAAAAACCUUAAGUCCAAGAAGGUGGCAUGCUGCAUUCUCUGAGGAUGGUCAUUUGGAUUUUGCAAAAGUUCUUAGACGGAUUCAAAGAGGGGGUAUUCAUCCUGCAAUUAAAGGGUUAGUUUGGGAGUUCUUGUUAGGAUGUUAUGAUCCUAAUAGCACAUUUGAAGACAGGAAUCAGAUUAGGCAACGCAGGAGGGAUCAGUAUACCAUAUGGAAAGCUGAAUGUACAAAUUUGGUUCCAGUCAUUGGUAGUGGCAAGUUUGUUACAACAUCUAUUAUCACUGAGGAUGGCCAACCGAUUAUUGAUCCUUCAACAAGCAAUGCUCAAGAAUGGCAUGUAAAUAAUGCUGUUUCAGACAAGAAAGCAAUUCAGUGGAUGCUUGUCUUGCAUCAAAUAGGUCUGGAUGUUGUACGUACAGAUCGAACACUUGUCUUCUAUGAAAGUGAGACUAACCAGGCAAAACUUUGGGAUAUUCUUGCAGUUUAUGCGUGGGUGGAUAAUGACAUUGGUUAUGUCCAAGGAAUGAAUGAUAUUUGUUCUCCAAUGGUAAUUCUUCUUGAAAAUGAAGCAGAUGCCUUUUGGUGUUUCGAUCGCGCAAUGCAGAGACUGAGAGAAAACUUCAGGUGCAGCGCAACUUCAAUAGGGGUGCAAGCUCAACUGAGUACGCUUUCACAAGUAAUUAAAACUGUUGAUCCAAAGCUUCAUCAACACCUUGAGGAGCUUGAUGGUGGUGAAUAUUUGUUUGCAUUUCGCAUGUUGAUGGUACUUUUUCGAAGAGAGUUCACUUUUGUGGAUGCAUUGUAUCUUUGGGAGCUGAUGUGGGCCAUGGAGUACAACCCAAAUGCGUUCUCCUUGUAUGAGGAGUCUAGUGCUGCCACAGAAAAGGGUGUUUUAACUGUGUCAAGUGAUGAGCUGCUGAAGCAGUGUGGCAAAUUUGAGAAAAAAAAUGUGAAGACUGGAAGUUCCACUCAACAAAGUGCACUUGCGGUUUUUCUUGUCGCAAGUGUUCUUGAGACCAAGAACAAGAGAAUUUUGAAGGAAGCUAAGGGUCUUGAUGAUGUUGUCCAGAUAUUGGCUGAGAUUACUGGAGAUUUGGAUGCAAGAAAGGUUUGUAACGAGGCAUUGAAGAUUCAUAGCAAGUACCUGAGCAAGGCCAAAACGCAAUAGAAAUAUUGCUGGAGAACACCCAAGGCAGCAAGUGAAAUUGGCUGGCUGAGCCUCCAAUUUUUCCCUUUUUUUUUUCCUACAUUGUUUCUCUUGUUGACACAACCCGCCCCUCUCCCCCCCUUCUCUCUCUCUUCUCAUUUAUCCUCUUCUAUUCAUUUAUUCAUUUUUUUUACCCAAUUUUUUUUUAUUGCAAAUGAAAAUUGUUACAAUGUUUAUAAGAUUUAGAUAUGAAACGGCUGUGCAGUUGUGGGAGC